AUGCCCGUUUCUCCCAAGCCGGCUUUGUCGCCCAUUCGACGACGCAGUUCACUUGUAUUAAAGCUGAAUCCCAAGAAUUGGUUAUCCAGCAGCAACUUGAACGUGGACAACAACAACAACAACAACAACAACAACAACAACAAUGUGGAUCUAAAUACCAAUGGUGAGAACGACAACAACGAGGACGCCACCAACCAAGCACUCAUGGGCAGCAAUAGCCAGGGAUCCGCCGGAGCCACCGGAAAAGGACGAAGCUCUCUGGUCUUGAAACUGAAUCCAAUGAAAUGGUUAUCUAGUGGCAACUUGAAGGCCGAUAUCGACGCCAUGGACGCCGAGGAUUACGCCAACCAAGCACUCAAAGGCAGCAAUAGUCAGACAUCCGCCACCAGCAGCAAACGCAAGGGAAACGCCAGUGGGAAUACCCGAAACACGGAAACCUACUACAAUCCGGUGGUCAAUCGCUUCCUCACGCAAACCAAACCUCCAAGGCCCAUGGUCAUGCUGGAUUUGCAAGAAAUACAGGUAGGCAAGUUACUGGGGGAAGGAUCCUUCUCGGAAGUUCGGGAAAUUCAGGGAAUUCAGCUGAUUCCCGACAUUCAGUUGCCCGCUUCGUCGGCAGAGGAACAACGUCGUCGAGAACGCCGUCGACAAGAGUUUGCCAAGGAUAUUGCGAAUGCCAACAAUAAUAACAGUGGCGACAACAACAACAACAAUAAGUAUGCCAUUAAGCAACUGAGUCGGAAACUCUCCAUGGUCCCGGACGGAUUCCAAAGUGCAGCUGCCGAUCUCGUCCUCGAAGCCAGUUACUUGAUGCGUUUGAACCAUCCCAAUAUUUUAAAAGUUCACGCCGUCGCCAUGGACAGUCAAGAGGCAUACGAUACCCAAGUCUUUGAUAAACUCUUUCUCGUCUUUGAUCGCAUGGGCGGGACACUCUACGAACUCAUGACCGAGUGGAAGAAACACAACAACCCGAGCAAGGACAGCCAGAUUAUCAUGGAACCAAAAGUAUUGGCCCGAAAAACCAAUUACGCCCUUCAAAUUGCCGAAGCCUUGGAACACCUUCAUGUGCGGAGAAUCAUAUUUCGCGACCUCAAGCCUCACAACGUGGGCUAUCUGGCCGUGCCCAAUACGUCUUGGGAGGACGACAAAGAAGAAGCCCACGUGGGGACCAUUCAGCUGUUUGACUUUGGAUUUUGUCGAGAGCUGCCCGAAAGCAGCAGCAAUAAUUCGUCAGACGAUCAUGAUCAGGAACUCUUUCGCAUGUCCAAAGUCGGAUCUCCCGCCUACAUGGCACCCGAAGUCAAGGACGACAAUGGCAGAUACAACUUGAAGGCUGACAUGUACUCGUUUGCGUUGAUCUAUUACGAAAUGCUCAUGCUGCAGCAUCCGUUCCGCAGGGUUCGGCGGCGGUCGUCGGUCGAUGGCGUCCCCAAGAAACUGGCUCGCAUGCCCGAUCGGAUCCAAGAACUGCUGCAAGGAGCUUGGAAUCCGUCGGUGGAAGAACGAUGGACCAGUCGCGAGACUCGAUCACGACUGGAAGCCAUCUUGCAAGAGUUGGAGGACGAGGCGUAA